UCAGCUAUUUUUACCGAUGUUUUUUGUGAUUUUCUCAGCAACUAAGAGUCAGAGAGACACGAGACUUGAGUGGUAUGAGUUUGAGCGAUACUCAAUUGUCAUAUCAGAAGAUCAAGGUCAUUCAGGUCAUCGGUGAAAUAACGCGUUUCAAGGUCAUCUGAAGGUGGCUCGGUUAUACUCCACAUUUUUUAACGCUGGAUAAUGAGUUUAGAGAUCGUUGUUGUUACAGAUCUUGAAAUAUUUCAGUUUAUUUGAAUAACUGUUGAAAAUCUUCUAUUCAAUUAAUUUAUCUUAACGUGCAAAGCAAAGCUCAUAGAAACCUUAAAACUUGUCAGCAGUAUAACUGAAUAUUCUUCAUUGUUGAAUCACUUUCAGAUGACCUUGAAACGCGUUAUUUCACCGAUGACCUGAAUGACCUUGAUCUUUUGAUAUGACAAUUGAGUAUCGCUCAAACUCAUACCACUCAAGUCUCGUGUCUCUCUGACUCUUAGUUGCUGAGAAAAUCACAAAAAACAUCGGUAAAAAUAGCUGAAUAGCCCUGUACAGUUCAAAAGUUCCAAAUUCACAGUCAAGGUUCACCGGUAUCAGAACAUACACAUGCAAUAAAUUUACGAUUAACUCAACCAUUGGCUAAAGAAUUACAAAUUGAACCACUUGAUUUCACAUUAAUCGAUGAAGCUCAAGAGAAAAUUGAAACAAGUAUCAACCACCUUAAAAUCAAUUGGAAAAUGAAUGUACCAAUGUGGAUUUGGAUACUUAUUUGUAUUACCAUCAGCUUUUUUUGUUGUGUUAUCGGUUGUAGAUUAAUCCCUUAUCCAAAGAGAUCAAUAAAUUCAAUUGUUGUCGAAAAAAGAAAAGAUAAAGAUGAAACACCAGAAACUAGCGUUCCACUACAUCAGUGUUAUUAAAAUUUAGUCGAGCUCCGGUGCUGGGGCAGUAAAUUAAUUACCCCGGUGAUGGGGAUUAAAAAACACAACAGAGACGUAUAAAUAUAAUUAUUUCCCGGUGAUGGGAAUUCAAUUAACUAAAAAUCUUAUUAUUCAAACUCCGGUGAUUUGGGGUAAAUGAAUAAUUUAAGUUUUCUUUUCUCUUCUCUCUCUCUCUCUUUACAAAUAGGAUGGCGUCAGGAUGGGAAAAUAACUAUGCAGCUCCAAAUCCUAGAUUAGAAGCAUUUGAACAAAAAAUGGAAGCAAAACAACGACGAAAGGCAGUUAAAAUUGAUCGAAUUUCAUUCACCUCGCCAUCAGAAGCAAUUUUUAGACAGUGUUUCCUUGUACUAUCAAUAUUUGCACCCAAAUUCACCAGCUACUUUGGCCAUGUUUGGAGACCAGAAAUUAUUUCACCUGAAUAUGAGAUCAGUGGAACACCGAAGGAGAUGAAUAAGUACACUAAAUUAACAGUAACAGCUAAUCACCCUGAUAAAAUACGAAUGGCCCAUCAUAAACUAAAUCAAUACACUGAACUAUUAAAUUAUAAAAAUAGCAGAAAUUCUACCCAGAUUCAACUAAUUCAAAUACCCGAAAAUCAUUGCUCUUUGUGUUUCCGUUCUGAUCAUAUGAAAAUUAAUUGUAAUUAUUGCUCGUACUGCAGUGAACUUGUUAAAACCGAUAAUCAGGUCACCAUAACCGCCGUUGUACAAUCUAAAUCAAAGAAAAAUGCUUAUGUAAGAGAACAACGAAAACUUCGUCGACGUAAAUUACGAGCAGCUUAUGGCGGAAAACCUUGGUGGAAAAGUUUAAAUAACCCAAUACCCGAACAAUUAGAAAAUUAUGUACCAAUCGGCCCUAAAACAAACAAAAAGGAAACAUUAGGUUUGGACAUUGAAGGAGAUGGUCACGGUGGAGUAGGUAGUGUCCAUUUAUCCGGUUGGUUUGGCCCAGAAAUACGUAUCCAAACUGUUUAUUAUGCCCAGGUGAAAAAUCAUCAUAUUGUAAAUCCAUUAACUCUAAUUACUGGACUACAGAUCAAUGAUCUAACAAAAGGAUUAACUUUGGACGAUAUUUCAAUGCAAGUGGCAGAAAUUUCUAGGGGACGACGAUUAAUAACGCAAGGAAAAGAGGACCUACAAAAAUUACAACUGACACCCGCUCGACUAAGAGUUUAUAAUAUACAACAUAUUGAUCUUCAAGAGUUAUGGCCAGGUAAACAACCAAUUGGUUUGGUAUCGAUUGACAAAUUCUUAUUCUACAAAUUUCAAAAGCUUCGCCGAGAAGAUGAUUCACACGUUACUAUUGGUCAUUCCCCUGAGAGAGAUUCACGAGUAACCCUUAAGGCUUACAUGGAAUUACAAAAAUUAACAGACCGCAAUAUACCAAUACCUUCAGCCGAAAUUGUACGAGAGAUGGUCAAAAACGGACAGAACAUUUCACAUUGGUUAUCGGAAUUCCAGGAUGGACAUCAUUAAUUACUAACAAUUUUCAUAUUUUAAUAGUCAAUAUUUAAUGUAACUAAUCCUUAAUUAAUUAUAAUAAUUCUAGUAAAUUGUAAAUUAACGUGGACGUUGAUCUUUUCAUGUACCCCGGACGAAAUGCAACAAACUAGUUACAACCAGUUUUAAAUGUAACAUUACCAGGUACCACCUCUCACAUG